CUACCCCACAGUCUCAAGCAGCCAGUCUACCAUUGCCCUGGCUUUGGUAGCCUUUACGUGGCCAUUCACUCGCCCACCAUGCGACCCUACUCUUCCUACGCAGGGCCGUCCACUUCUACCGCCUCUCAAGCUCGACAGCGGCAAGGCGACCCUUAUGGCUACCCCUCUGGCAGCAGUCGCUCCACCUUCCCUCGACGACGCUCUCCCGAGCGGGGCGGGCCCUCCGAGUACGCACGUCCGUGGGACAUUUCCUCGCGUUCAGCCAAUGGACCCUCAGGGAGACCCUACCCUCCUUCCACUGGUGGUCGUACAUCAAGAUGGGGACCUGAAUUGCCCUACUCAUCCUCCUCAUCCUCAUCCUCAUCCUUUGGCGGCAUGUCAAGCUCGCCCACAAAGGGAGGACAGGGAUGGAGAGUAAUGCAGGAGUCCGGAGGGAGGCGGGGUCAGGAGGAUCGGGGAGGAAGUCGAAGAGAAGCUGAUGAGGUAGACUGGGCCGAAGUGGAAGCGAAAGCGCGAGAGAAGGGAUUUGCAGUUCCGGGGGAUGUUGUGGACGAAUUCAAGCGACAAGGCCACUUCGACCAGCUGCGUCGCCAGCUCCUCACCUCCCUCCUAGCGUCCCCUCAAAAAGACGAGUUCCUCGCCUCGAUCUCCUCGCUCCUUCUCGCUCACCUUCAGGCCGACCCAAAUGAGGCCGUUCGGAUAAGCGCAGUAGACCCAAGACUGCAGUCGGACGAACUCUUCAAAAUCAUCGAGUCGCAGGAUCCACCGCGACGGGGGAGAGGGGAGCUUGAGAAAUCUUCGUCAAAGACUGGCCCGGAGAUCAUCGCGGAGCUGAUGAAGAAGCUGGUCUCCCAGGCUGGGGACGAAGGGGAUGAGAAGAAGACACAACGACCCGAACAUGAUGUUUCGGGAAUUCUCACGUCUGAAGGAGUGAUUGGAAAAGGGGUGAAGGAGAGGGUGGAGACGCUGCUGCGAGAGGAGGUCAGGGAGAAGGGAAAGGUCGUAGCUCGCGAGUCGCCUGCGCCGUCUGCCGUGGCUGAAGAGGCGAUCAAAGGAGAUGUAGGGCUCAAAAGAGAGGGUGACGAGGCCGACCAAAGCCCUGAUGUAAAGGCGGGCGAUGAUCAGCACGGGCAAGGCUCUCCUCGAGAAGAGACAAAGUCGGAAGCGGUGCCGGACCAGGAACCCGGGGAGGAGGAAGGUGUACCGAUGGAGACAGACUGAGAAGAUCAAAGUACCAACGUACCUCUCCAGUAGCUGAAAAUGUAAUUGUAUCGUCUUGUCACCUGUGAAUAGAUGCUGUGGC